AAUAUAACAAUAAAGAAAAUUGAUCGGUAAUGCUAAUAACUUGUGAAGUAACAUUUCACUAAUAAUAUUAAUGGAAUAGUGCUAGGGGGCUCUGAUGCGAUUAAAAAAUCGAAUUAAAAACUCGAGGGUUCUGCACUGCAUGUUUCUAUUUUCCUAAGCGUUACGUGUAGUGUAAUUGACGACGUCUCAGUGAACGUUUACUCGUAAAACGCGUUGGCGGUGUUUCGUAGUCGUUUCAGUGUUAAAACUCAUACAACAAGAAAGAAAUUAUUCUUUGUCCAAUUGAAUUCUCAUAAAGAAACAUGUACCUCAAGGUUGGUCAAUUGCAGUUUUUAUCAAAAUCUUUCUAAUUCGAGCUGAAUAAUGUGGCGGAUAAUGGAAUUGGCCGGAUGACAAAAGAUAACUUGCAACGUUGACUACUGAUAAAAACGGCCCCAAAUUAAGCGGCAAGUUGACAACGAAAUUGUAGUAGACUCACAGGGAUUGAAUUUAUUUCUGUACGCGAUGUGCAAUAACAAUAAGGAAAAUAAAAAUACAGUCUCCAGACAUAGACCAAUCAAAGUCACGACAAUUGGAGAUGGUACUGUAGGCAAAACAUGUAUGCUUAUUACAUAUACGACGAAUGAAUUCCCUUCAGAAUAUGUGCCUACUGUCUUCGAUAACUAUGCAGGCACAAUAUGUGUAGAUGGACAAGAAUUUGAUAUGACUUUAUGGGAUACCGCCGGUCAGGAAGAUUAUGAACGAAUCAGACCUUUAUCUUAUCCAAAUACUGAUUGCUUCUUGAUCUGCUUUUCAGUAAAUUCUCGCACUUCUUAUGAAAAUGUUGCGAUCAAAUGGCAUCCGGAAAUUAAACAUCACUGUCCAAAUACACCUAUAGUGCUUGUUGGUACAAAAGGAGAUCUUAGAAAUCAAGAAAAUGUGGAUACAAUUACUUUCAAAGAAUGCAAAAAAAUGAAAAAGAAAGUAAAAGCUUAUAAAUAUGUCGAAUGUUCUGCUUUGAAAUGUGAAAACUUAGAGGAAGUUUUCACUGAAGCGAUUCGAGCAGUACUGAAAAAACCAUCAAGCAAACUUUGUUGUUCAUUUUGAAGCUUAAAUUAUAAAAUAAUAUUUAUAAUUAAUUAAUAGGAAAUAUUGAUUUAUAGUAAUAUUAAUGGAUAAAAAUAUUAACUGUAAGAUCUUUAGACCCUACAGUUUUCCUACAUUUCCUUAAUAUUCAAAAUUUAAUAAAACGAUUAUAAAUAAUACCAAACAACGAAUAAUUCAUAUUUUGUAAAUAUAUUAAUGCUGAUUACAGAAUUAAGUAGACUUCAUUGUACAUCUGUAUCAUAGAAUACCAUUAAUAAAAAGGAAUUUAUUUCAUCAAUA